CUUCUUUUUCUCCAGUCUCUAACUCUCUUUCACUGCUGCUUUGCUGCUUUUGAAAAUGUCUGUGAAGGAGCAGGAGAUCAGAGAUGUUGAGGAUUGUUUCCAGGAACGAGGACCGACAGUCACCUUCAGUAACUUGCACUAUAGCGUUCAGGAGACCAGAUUCUGCCGCAAGAGAGGUUCUGAAAAAUACAUCCUCAAAGAUGUGAGCGGUAUCAUGAGACCUGGGAUGAAUGCUAUCAUGGGUGCCACUGGAAGCGGUAAAACAUCACUGCUGGAUGUGAUCGCAGGCAGGAAAGAUCCUAAAGGACUGAAGCAGGGGAAAGUCUUAGUAGAUGGCAAAGUUGUCACAUCUGAGCUCAGGCUCUGCUCUGCCUAUGUGGUUCAGGAUGAUAUCCUGAUGGGCACCCUGACUGUGAGGGAGAACCUUCUGUUCAGUGCCAACCUUCGUCUCAACCCAAAGCAGCACUCCUCUGAUGAUAAAAACAGCAGAGUGGAGGCCAUCAUUCAGGACCUGGGUCUCACAGACUGUGCAGACACUAAGAUAGGGACAGAGUUCCUGCGUGGUGUAUCCGGAGGUGAGAGGAAGCGCUGCAGCAUUGGGAUGGAGCUCAUCACCUCUCCCUCUCUUCUGUUUCUUGACGAGCCCACCACAGGCCUGGACUCCAACACUGCAAACUGCAUCGUCGGCCUACUGCACAAGCUGUCCAGAAGAGGAAAGACUGUGAUCUUCUCCAUCCAUCAGCCUCGCUUCUCCAUCUUCAGACAGUUUGACCACCUGACUCUUAUGCAUAAAGGAGAAGUGGUGUACGCAGGAGCAGCAGGGCAGGCACUGGAUUAUUUCACAGACCUGGGAUACCAGAUCGAAUCCUUUAACAACCCUGCAGAUUUCUUCAUGGACAUCACAAAUGGAGAGGCAAAAUCCAUAUUGGAACCACUAACUGCAGUGGAGUGUAAAAACCCAUUAGCAACCAAAUAUCGUGAGUCCAAACUGUGCCAGACCAUGCUGGAGGAGCUGGACCAUGUGAACCAGAGCAUUGGUGCGGGGGUCAAAGGUCAAGACCAAGCAGCUGACUAUGCAACGUCUUUUCUCUAUCAGUUACGUGUGGUGUGUGGCAGAACAGUGAUGAACACUCUGAGGAACCCUCAGACGUCCUACGCCCAGUUGGCUCUCAACAUCUUCUUUGCACUUCUGGUGGGACUCAUUUAUUACCAGAUGUCGUUACAGCUGCCUGGGGCUUUACAGAACAGGACUGGAGCGUUCUUCUUCCUUAUCAUCAACAUGGUGUUUGGAAAUCUCUCUGCCGUUGAGCUCUUUAUCAAUGAGAGGGCAAUCUUCAUUCAUGAGAACUCCAGUGGUUAUUACCGCACCUCUGUCUACUUCCUGUCAAAGAUCUUUGCUGACCUCAUCCCCAACCGCAUCAUCCCCAUCUUUCUGUUCUCAGCCAUCGCCUACUACAUGAUGGGAUUGAAGCCUGCUUUUACGGCCUUCUUGUGUUUCACCCUCACCAUGUCUCUGGUCAGUUUGGCCGGAGUUGGCUUGGCGUUCCUCGUCUCGGCAAGUGUGUCGUCAUUCGCCAUGGCUAACAUCCUCAUAGCUUUACCCUUCGUUUUCAUGAUGGUCUUUGGUGGUUUUCUGGUCAACCUCAACACCAUGCUAAGCUGGCUCUCCUGGCUGAAAUGGAUCAGUAUCUUCAAAUAUGGACUGAAUGCUGCGUUCAUCAACGAGAUGAAAGGACAGCUGUUUUACAACGGUGACAUUGCCAUCCCUGGAGAGGUGUUCCUGAAAGACAUGGACUACUCCACGUGGGGAUUCUGGCAGAACCAGGUGGCUCUGCUGGGAAUCAUAUUGGUCUGCAUGUUCCUGGCCUACGUGCAGCUGCGCCGAAUCAACCGCUGGAAGUGAUGACCAACCAUCUGUUCUCGUAUCCAUAAACCAAGAAGUGUGUCUCCAUCUUAUUUAUUUAACAGGCCUCAGAUGAAACACAUACCAUCAUUUGGGUAAAAUGUAACACUAGAAAUUUUUUUUUUUUUUAUAUGUGCAAUAGAUUAGAUAAGCUCUGUAAAGUGAAUAUUUAAUAUAUGAGUUAAAAUCAAAGUUCCUCACUAUGUCUCACUCAUGCUCUCACACAUAAACAAACACACGUGUCAUAACAUUUGAGUCUCUGGUGGAUUAACUGUCUCUAAGCACACCUGGUGUGUGCACGAGGGAAACACACAGCAACUGCCAAGCCGACGUCUAAGUCCUCACUAAGCUCUUUACACUGAGUUAACAUUAGGUACAGUAAGGAAAAGAUAGGCACAAUAAACAUAGUAUAAGAGAUAUUUAGAUAAAACCAUGUAAAAGUUACCAGCCAGGGCAUAAAACUUAUUUUAUUAUUCAUAUCUUGCAAAAAUAAUGUAAGGAUUUACCUCUUUUCAUAGUAUCAUACCCUUUUUUGUUAGGAACUUUACACACGUUUUUACAAAAAUACUAAAUAAUACUUAUUAACAUGAAGUUAAAGUAUAAAGCCAUUAUAUUUAUGCUGUAAAAUCUGAUAACAUGGCAUGAAAAAUUAUCUUC